AUGGCAGCAGGGGGAAUUGACGUCUCUAGAAGUUCUGAUGCUGCCAAAAAAGAGUACAACUUUUACAGGAAUGGUUCUCGUGAUGUUUACUUACGGCAGAGUAGUAGAGAUGGCGAGAGGCGUCAAAUCAAAAGACCUAACGAUCACGAUCUCAGGAGGAAUGAUGGGCGUCACCGGUCACGAUUGGCUUCUGAGAAAGGGGAACAACGAGAGAAAGAGGAGGUUCAGAGACCCCCUGAGAAAAAGAGGAAAUUUUCACCCAUCAAGUGGGAUGUAGACCAGAAAGUGUCUAAAGCCCCGGCUUCUAGGGAGAAGACGAAGUCUCCUUUCACUCUUCCGACAACAAAUGUGGUAUCCAAUCAGGAUGUUGAUGUAGCUGUCACUAGGAAAACUUAUCCAAAGGAUCAGGUCAAUGGCGUUGUAAGGUCACCAGAACCUGAUCAUCUGACGCCAGAGCAGCCAUUAGAAGCUCGACUGUUUGGGGAACAUCCUGUUGAUGAUUUGGAGGAGGGUCAGUUGGAGGAAGAACAGGUGAUUGAUGCACCUCUUAUUAAGACAUCUAGAUGGGGACCGGGUUUAGCUUCGCCCAAGGAGGAGUUAAUAUCUCGUGAUGAUAAUGUUCCCAAGGCUAGCAGAUGGAACAGAAGCAGUUUGACUCCGGAGUGCGGGGAAUUAGUGGUGUCUCAAGAACAGCAUUGCAAUUCAUCUGGAUCAGGCAGUGGACAUCACAGUGUAGAGAAGCUUAGUGGUGGUGAAAAUUCUGAUCAUGAGUAUUGUAGUUCUGAUUCUAACGAGUUGGAGAAUGAAGAACCAGUUUCUUCAAGUCAGGGAGGGAUGAACAUGCUGCUUGGGAGCAGGUCUGUGAAUGGCUUCCAGAAGCUAAACAAGAUAAACGAAGGAACCUAUGGAGUUGUUUACAGAGCGAGGGAUGAGAAAACUAAGGAGAUUGUGGCACUCAAAAAGAUCAAGAUGAAGGAAGAUAAGAUGGAAGAAGAGUACGGAUUCCCUUUGACAUCUUUGAGGGAAAUCAACAUUCUCUUGUCAUGCAAUCACCCUUCGAUAGUGAACGUGAAGGAAGUUGUGGUUGGAGGGAAAAACGACGGUGAUGUUUAUAUGGUCAUGGAACACUUGGAACACGACUUGAAGGGGUUAAUGGAGAGAAUGAAGCAACCUUUUAGCACCAGCGAGGUCAAGUGCUUGAUGUUGCAGCUAUUGGAAGGUAUGCACUACCUUCACACGAACUGGAUCAUCCACAGGGAUCUGAAGCCAUCUAAUCUCCUAAUGGACAACACUGGGAAGUUGAAAAUAUGUGAUUUUGGGAUGGCGCGCCAGUAUGGGAGCCCUAUCAAGCCUUACACCCAGAUGGUUAUCACUCAGUGGUACAGGCCACCUGAACUUCUUCUAGGAGCGAAACAGUACUCUACAGAAGUUGAUAUGUGGUCAAUCGGUUGCAUUAUGGCUGAAUUGUUGUCUCACAAGCCUUUGUUCCCGGGGAAGAGUGAGCUUGACCAGCUUCAGAAGAUCUUUGCUGUCCUUGGAACACCGAGCGAGGCAGUCUGGCCUGGAUUCUCGUCGUUGCCCAAUGCCAAAGCCAAGUUCCCUACACAGCCAUACAAUCAGUUGCGUAAGAAGUUUCCAGCUAUAUCAUUUGUAGGUGGUCAAAUUCUUUCGGAGCGUGGAUUUGAUUUGCUGAAUGGUUUACUAACUUUGGACCCUGAGAAACGUUUAACAGUGGAAGAAGCUCUGAACCAUGGUUGGUUCCGUGAAGUCCCUCUCCCAAAAUCCCAAGAUUUCAUGCCCACAUUUCCUCCAAAGCGCUAG